AUGCCAGAAGAGCGACUCCCAAAACUUUGUUUUAAUAGACUCAAAACAUUAGAUAAGGAUAAGCCUGACAUAGACUUCAAUUGGGUGUCUCAAUUUAGAGCAAUAGCCGAGCUUAAUGCCUAUGCAGAAGAGCUUUCUGUUCACCACACAAACGGACUUCUUCGAUACAAAGACGACAUCCUUGAAAAAGCACACAACUAUUAUUUCUCAGCAGACAUUCAAAGAACUUUAAACUCCACUAACUACCCUUUCUACAGAAUGCUAUGCAGUUAUAAUGCUCCCGAUCCCGAAGCAUAUGUACAACAAAAGACGAACUCCCCAGUAGACAUGAGAGUCGGCAUCCAUACCGGAGCAGUCCUAGCAGGAGUUCUUGGGCAGAGGCAAUGGCAGUUCGAUGUCUACUCCAAGGAUGUAGAACUGGCCAAUAAGAUGGAGAGCUCAGGACUUCCAGGGUAAGGCGAUCCACACA